AUGGGAUCUUGCUUCGCUGGGCGCCUCAGGGUCGAACUCACUGCCGUGGUCUUCAUCCACGUCUAUGGCCUUGUCGCCUGGGGCGAUCCGACGGCAGGCGGCUCCAUCCCGUGGUCCCUUUCGGAGCGGUUGAGUGCGGGCAUCACCUUCGUGGUGGGCAAUACGCGUGCCUUCGCCGCCGUGGGGCAACAAGGUUCAGUGACCACCUGGGGAGACCCGGCCUGCGGGGGGAACUCCGCACACGUGGCGGAGCACUUGAAGAGCCGAGCUUUUCAACUGUGUUACAACGAAUGGGCCUUUACUGCUUUUCGUGAAGGUGGCCAACUGGUAUGCUGGGGCGACGCCGAUGCCGGCGGUGCGCCCCAGGAGGCAGCACCCGCCCUGACCAGCGGCGUGGUAAAGGUGUGCGCCACCGAGUUCGCCUUUGCAGCUUUGAAGGAGAACGGCCAAGUGAUCGCCUGGGGCGACCCCAGCGUAGGAGGAGAGCUGCCUGCGGUGAAGCCCAAACUGAUGAGUGGCGUGGUGAACCUUUGGAGCAACACCGGCGCCUUUGUGGCCGCCAAGGAGGACGGCUCAGUGGUGGCAUGGGGCGAACCCACCUCAGGGGCAGUCAUCGAGGCCAAUAUCAAGAAUUUGGACAGUGUCUUCUGCAAUCUCCGAGCCUUUGCAGCCAUCACCACAGAUGGUGGCGCGGUCGCUUGGGGGGCGCCUGGUUGCGGCGGUGAUGCCAGCCACGUGAGGGAGCAGCUCCAGUCUGGCGUGGUGGACAUCCGUGGCAACGGGCGUGCCUUUGCGGCCCUGAAGGAGAAUGGCUCCGUGGUGUGCUGGGGAAACCCCGACUUCGGGGGUGAUGCUUCAAGCACUGCCCACAUGCUGAAGCACAGUGUGGUUGACGUGGUGCCGAGCUUGAAAGCCUUUGCCGCACUGAAGGAGGAUCCCAUGAGUUUGGGCUACACGGUCCAUACCUGGGGCGAUCCGCAGGCGGGCGGCGAUGCCAGCACAGUGGCCCAAAGCUUGAUCGGCAACGUGCUGAAGCUCGGCCGGCAGAGGCAAGUCAUCGCCAACGACUGGGCCUUCGCGGCGCGCCGGGACAACGGCCAGGUGGUGUGCUGGGGUGAUCCCACCUCCGGCGGAGACCUCGGGGACGUGGCCGAGAAGAUUGAAGCUGGAGGCGGAGCCGUAGCUCUGUAUCACACCACGCGGGCCUUUGCGGCGGUGCUGCAGAACGGCUCCAUUUGCUCCUGGGGCGAGCUCAGCUGUGGUGGUGACUGCACACCGGCCAUGGGCUCAGCGGGGACGGUGGGCGGAGCGCGACGGUGGGGCGACGACCAGGCGGAGUUCGAGCUGGCCGGGGAAAAGGUGGUGGACCUGUGCGCCAACGACUACGCCUUCUGCGCGCGCAGCGCCUCUGGCCACAAGCAAUAUGGCGGAAGCAUUGACGAGGAGACGGUUCCCAAGCUCAGGAGCGGAGUGACCAAGAUGAUAGGGAACAAGUUCUCCUUCUUGGCGAUGAAGCGAUCCGGAACCUAUGUCUUGGGACCCUUGUUUACCGACAACAUGAACAGUGGCCAGUUGACCCCACUUCAACCCGAAGCAACGAACACCUACCGCUGCGCGGUUGGGGCCCCCUUGACGGCCCGACGUGUCACCAUAGGUGCUUCCCAGCUCUUCAAACGACCCGCGACCUACGACGUGGCUCUGUUUGCCGAGUUUCAACGUGCUUUGGGCGAAGCUUCGAGCCCAAGCGAGGUGGUGGAGACGUGGCCUUUGGAAGAUGAAAACCCCGAGGCCUUUGUCCAACGGAUCAAGCGCGAGCUAGGCAUCGAAAGCGGUCCGUUGGGAAGCUUCGAAGAGGGUCUCGAGCUGGGGUCCGGCCCUGGAGAGGAGGUGCCCUUGAGCUCCGCAGAGGUGUUGCGGCAGAUCCAGGCCAUGAGCAGGUCCUUUGAGGCCGAGGCAGUGCUCGACGACGACCGCAAGGCACCCGCUGCUGGCGCGAGAUUGGAGAAGGAAGCCAAGGCUGCUUUGGGACCCGAGGCGAAACCCGAUGACGGAAAGAUUGCGACUGAUGUGGUGGAGUUCGCACCUGCGGAGCCCCAACCACCGCGCGACGACAUCAUCGCAGGAGUCGGAUCCAACGAUGAGGCACUGCUCGGUAGGCUCUUGGCUUUGGAAGCAGAAGUGCUCAGGCUACAAGGCGAACGUUUCCCACAACCUGUCGAGUCUCCUGGCGGCAGGCAGCCAGAGAUGAGUGAAAGUCCCAGACGCCCCAGCCCGCAUGGCGAGGGCGAGCAGCGCCCGACAGAGUUGCCCAUGAGCUCCUUGGGCUUGAGCCUGCUGUCCAACAGCUCGUUGUUCGCCUCGGUCUCCGAUCCCGGUCUGUCUGAAGGUGGCAGAGAUUCUCCAAGCAAGGCGAGCAAGGAAGAGGCGGGCAAGACAGCAGAGAAGCAGGAGGUGGAGCUUGAAGCUGAAAGCAGGCGCCUUGGCGCCGAGGGCCAGACAGAUGAGGGAGCACUUCAAAACAGCACCGGACUCGCUGUCUUCGUCCCGUUUGUGACGUCCAAGAGGGACAGUGCUGUACAGGUCCCAGAUGGUGAGCUCGGUCAGGACAUCACCCAAGCAUCCGAGGUGCCCGUGGAGCCCAAGGAAGGAGGCCUUGCUGUGGAGUUGGAGUUGCCAGAAGCCAAGCCGGCGGCCGUUGGAACGGAGGCAGCUGCUGGAACGGAGGCGCAGGCGGAAGAGGCAUCAGGUGACCGGCCUCCAGAAGCAAAUGGAGAUCGCCCCAACGGAGCCAGCGUGCAGCCGGCAGAGCCGGUGAUCUCGCCAGGUCCUGUGGAGCCAGAGCCUUCGGCGAUGCCAGUGGUAGAGGCGAGCACGGAGAACGCAGUCCAGGCUGGUUCUGGACCCUUGCCCAGCAAGACGGCGGGACCACCUGAAGCAUCAGCGUCAGGGCCGAGGACGCCCUUGUCUCCACCCAGACUUCAGGCCCAGUGGCCCGAUGGCCCGCGCGGCCUGAGCGGUCCGCUGCGGAAGAGUCCUUCAGCGGCACACCGCUGGCCCGAGCUGAGGCCAUCCGCGCCUCCGCCGCCGCCGCCGAUGAGAAGCGCAAGGGAGAACGUCUAUCCUCUUGACGGCUAUGCAAACGAAAAUCCACACUUCAACGGCUGUGGAAUUCUGGCACCUCCAGCAUGGAAUUCUGCAGGAUGGCGCCCAAAUGAUGGGGAAGACGAUCAGGGACUUGAUGCUGCAGAGGGCCUAUGA